AUAGACCAAAGAAAAGAAAAGGUCAGAGGUAGGUUCAUUUAAAAACUGAAUAGGUUUGGUAGGUCGAACGGUCCAGAAGAAUUCUCAAAAUGGCAAUCGGCAACUUCUUGAUGGGUGAAAGCCGCAAAAGGAAAAAGGACAGGUUUGUUAUUCAUGUGCAAUGCAAGGGGAAAUGACUCUGUGGACAGACCAAAAAUUACAGAAAAGGGGAAAAAAUAAAAGAAACACAAAGCACAAUAAACCAGCACACACGCUGCGACCACGUCCACCAUGCACCAUCCUACCAACCCUCUUCUUUAUUGACCUCUCGCGAGAACGCCAAGGCUCUGUGUUGAAUGCCACUUGUUGGUCCCUGGAACCCAAUCCAACGGCCUGUAUUCAUUUCCAACUAACCAAAUGGCACUCUACCCACCUGAGUACAGAGGCACGCUUCUCCUCCCUCUUGCUUUUCACCUAUAAAAGAGACCAACUUGUGGGUUGGUGAGCAGGAAACCUGACACUAAUCAAUUUCUUGUGAAAUUUUCCUGACACCCACAAAUAGAAAAAUCACCCUCUCUCCCUGUCCUUCCACUUGAGAGAAGCACACUGCGUGCUCUCCUGCCCUUGCCCUUCUCAACUGGCAAAACAAAUUUCUUCUGCCUCAUUCAUCUUUCUAACUUGUUACUCAUAAUCUGUUGUUAGCAUCAGACUCCAUGGCAUGUUCUUAUGUUCAUGAAAAUGGCCAUCUUGAUCUUCCAUCAAAAGGAAAUGAUUCUCUCAACUGGCAGAAGGCAGCCGAUUCACUGACCGGGAGCCACCUAGACCAUGUCAAGUCCAUGAUUCAACAGUACAGGACUCCUUUGGUCAAGCUAAGGGGUUCUGGGCUGACUGUUGGACAGGUUGCUGCCAUAGCCCGAGCUUUGCCUUCUCCAGGUGAUGAUAAAAUCAGAGUCCAGCUAUCUGCUGCAGCUAAGACCAAUGUUGACGCAAGCAGCAACUGGGUCUUGGAUAGCACCUGCAAGGGUGUCGACAGCUAUGGUGUCACAACUGGGUUUGGUGCAACUUCACACCGUAGGACCAACCAAGGAGAGGCCCUGCAGAAGGAGCUCAUUCGAUUUCUCAACGCAGGGAUUUUGGUCCCUGGCCUUGACCAUGACUCCACCUUGCCUGUGUCUGCUUCCCGUGCUGCAAUGCUCGUCAGGACCAAUACCCUGCUGCAGGGAUACUCGGGCAUCCGGUGGGAGAUACUUGAAGCCAUAACCAAACUCCUUAAUGCAGGCAUCACACCAGUUCUGCCACUGAGGGGCACCAUAACUGCAUCUGGUGAUCUAGUGCCACUCUCAUACAUUGCUGGGCUGCUCACUGGUCGGCCUAAUGCACGUGCACGCACCUGGGAUGGAGCUGAGAUCUCAGCAGAAGACGCUUUUAAGCAGGCGGGGAUAACCAGCAGCUGCUUUGAACUGAAGCCAAAGGAAGGUCUAGCACUUGUGAAUGGCACUGCAGUUGGUGCUGGACUUGCCUCACUAGUGCUGUUUGACUCCAACAUCUUUGCACUUCUUGCAGAGGUGUUAUCUGCUGUGUUCUGUGAAGUCAUGACAGGGAAGCCAGAAUUCACAGACCACCUGACUCACAAGCUGAAACACCACCCUGGACAAAUCGAGGCUGCAGCAAUCAUGGAAUACAUAUUAGAUGGUAGCUCCUACAUGAAAGCAGCAGCAAAGCUCCACGAGAUGAACCCACUUCAGAAGCCCAAGCAGGAUAGGUACGCGCUGAGGACCUCACCUCAGUGGCUGGGCCCACAGCUUGAAGUCAUAAGAGCAGCAACUGCCAGCGUGGAGAGAGAGAUAAAUUCUGUCAAUGACAACCCACUGAUUGAUGUCAGCAGGAACAAAGCCCUCCAUGGUGGUAACUUCCAGGGCACACCAAUUGGUGUUUCAAUGGACAACACAAGGUUGGCAUUGGCUGCCAUUGGAAAGCUCAUGUUUGCACAAUUUUCUGAGCUUGUCAACGACUUCUACAACAACGGGCUGCCCUCCAAUCUCAGUGGUGGACCUAACCCAAGCCUCGAUUAUGGAUUCAAGGGUGCAGAGAUAGCCAUGGCAGCAUAUACAUCUGAACUUCAGUACCUUGCUAACCCUGUCACCAACCAUGUACAGAGUGCUGAGCAGCAUAACCAGGAUGUGAACUCGCUAGGACUCAUCUCGGCCAGGAAGACAGCUGAAGCUGUUGAAAUCUUGAAGCUUAUGUCAGCAACUUACAUCGUUGCUCUGUGCCAAGCAGUUGACCUCCGACAUGCAGAGGAGAACUUCCGACAUGCUGUAAAGCAGUCAGUAAGCCACGCAACAAAGCGUGUCUUGACGGUGGGUGUGAAUGGUGAACUUCUUCCGUCACGCUUCUGUGAAAAAGACCUGUUGAGGAUUGUUGAGAGUGAGCAUGUUUUUGCAUACAUCGAUGACCCAUGUAGUGCCGGAUAUCCACUAAUGCAGAAGCUGAGACAUGUGCUGGUUCAAUGGGCAAUGGACAAUCCAGAGAAGGAGAAAGAUGAGAAAACUGCCAUCUUUGGAAAGAUUGCUGCUUUUGAGCAGGAACUAAAAACCCAAUUGCCUAAAGAGGUGGAAGGGGCAAGAAAGGGACUCAAAAGUGGCAAUUCUGCAAUCCCUAACAGGAUCAAGGAUUGCAGGUCUUAUCCUAUAUAUCAGUUUGUCAGAUCAGAGCUUAACACCUCUUUGCUGUCGGGUGAGCAGGUACUCUCACCAGGAGAAGAUUUUGAUAAGGUGUUCAAGGCAAUUAAUGAGGGGAAGCUCAUUGUUCCUCUGCUUGCAUGCUUGCAUGGGUGGACAGGUGCUCCCCGUUCAAUAUGUUAGAUUUUUAAUGAAUUCAUUAUGUGGUUACUUGUGAUGCUUCCUGCUUCUGGUUUCUUGAUUCUAAAAAUUGUGGGACGGAGAAACAUGUCCAAAUGUGAAUGCCAAGUUGCCCAGGUAUAAGGACGUCUUCUCAAGAAGUGAUUAUACUGGUUUUGUUUGUAAUUUAAACAAGUUGAUUUUUUUAAUGAUGUUAAGUUCAUGAUCUACACACUCAUCUGCCAUUUUCCUGCUUAAAAAAUAACAGCAUAUGAUCCCAUGCACGCACAUGGAACAUGAAGCUUUAGUAUCUGAAAUGAGUGGAAGUUUAAGAAUGAUUUCCAGCUAGAAAGCACAUCUCAACAUCCAACGCCUUGCUUGAAAUUAAGGAGCUCGAACAUUCGCUAUUAUGCUUAUCUCAGAACAAGCAAGAAUACCUAAAACUGGCUCCUUUUGUCAAUUAGAGACCUGAGAUACAUUAGCAACCUUGUUAAUAUGAUCAAUGAGAACUAUAUGAGAUGGAUGAGGAGGCAGGCAUGAGACGUAAUAUUACUCUCUGUGAUACUGCAAUUUUCAAAAAUCAAAAUUUUGGAAAUAUGGCCCCUCAUACAGACACUUACCUUCUAAACAAUUUCUAUUCAAGAUAUCAAAAAAUAAAACUAGAUUUAUAAUUGGAAAGUAGUGUAAGUAGUAACAGAUUUAAUGAUAAAAGAAAAUAAAGCAAAUUACAAAGUGUUGAUUAUGCCUUGCAAUGAUUUGAGCGAGUGCAUGAGUGUCCUGGUGUGUCUGAAAAUCAUGUCAAACACAAAAUAUACAACCUAAGUGAAGUAUCCGUGAGAUAGGAGAAGACUAAACAUUCGAAAUAAAUUUGGUAUAAAGAUUGUUCCCAACAGGAUCACUGGUCUGGCUUUUUAUUCCCUUAAAGUGGCCCAAAUGCGAGGUUCUUUUCAUAGGAAAGGAAUUAGUUUUUCCUCAUUCCACAAGAUCUAGCAGUGAAUGCAUGCAUAGGACAUCCUUUUUAAUGCUUGCCUCUUUCCCUGUGUCUCUGUCUUAGGAUGGUUUAUUAGGCUUAAACAGAGAUCUAUUCUCCAACUGCCCGUGUAAUGGGACAACAGCAAGAUGCAAAAUAAAUAGGAGUCGGCUAAUCCAGAAUGACUCUGUGGUAUAACUAGCAUAUAACGCCUGAAAGCAUCAAUGAACAUAAACACAUGAAUAAAACUGUAAACAGUGAAAAAAAAAAAGUUCUGACAAAGAUGCUUGAGUUAGUAUUUGGAAUUACUACUUCAUACAUAGAUAAUUGCUAUUAUCCUAGAUAGGAUUGAAGCUGUCUAAAGUUGGGAUAUUUGAAACUAAAAGCAUUUGUUUCUUUAGCAGUCCCAUUUAUUUGGCCUCUUCAGCCAGGUAAAUUUUCAGAUAAGGAGAAACAAAAGGCCAUUAUAAAUGCACAGAUCAUCAUUUGUGUCCGUUUCCUUUAUACUUAUAAAGAACUAGGAGACUCGACAAAGCAUCUGAUUUCUUUCUGAUUCUUUCCCUAAAAGUACUAUUCUGCAAAAGAAAAGGAAAAUCCAUGAAGAGUACUAAAUUGCAAAGGCAAAGCUUUAGUGCCAGAGAUUUCUAAUGAAAUGAGAAAAUUUGUGGUUCAUCACCAACAGAACAAAUUGUAGUUCCACCGUAUGAACUAGUUGACCCCAUAAAGAUAGCAUAUAGAUCUACCUCUCAACAUCUGACUGCUAGAAUCACAGAAAGAGGCAUAAAAUUCAAGAUAGAAAGUCGGCCUACACAAUCUGGCAUCUCAUUUCUAGCUGAAGCCUCUCACACUUGCCCAGGAACAAAGAACAGGAGCAAGAAAAUAUCGAAAGAUAUGUUAGUUGCAGCUGCCUAUACAAAAUCUAUGUUGAAAAAACAAUAUUAUUCGAAGCUCCCAUAACUAUUUUGUUUGGAGAAUCCUAUUCAUAUUAAAUGAACUAAAUGCAUACAAAAGAAUGAUAAAAAGCAUUGAAUACUCAAGGCAAUAACAAGUACCAAUUGAAAUAUAAACGUAAUUUAGACCCGUAAAAGUUUAAAAUAAAAAAGUUAAACCUGUGGUAGAUACAUCGGUUUUGAAACAUAACAUGAAGAAUGUGAAGCUUACCGACUAUUGCAGUCUAUUCAAAUAAGUGCAGUACUCAGUGAGUCAGUGGAAAAAUAAGUAAAACUGAAAAAUGUCCUACUUCACAGAAAAUAAUCAAAUACUAAUUGUGUCUGCCAGCAAUAUUUUCUAAAUGUGUACUGUAACCUGCAUUAAUCCUGUGUCAAAUAAGCAUGAUGAUCAAACACAAUGUAACUUAACAUACAAAUUGUAAAUCAUGUUUAGAAUUAUAUUUUGACAUGACUUGACAUGACGUAACUAUACCUCGUUCUUACCUUACAGAAGGAGCUGUAGGGUGGCAUGUUUCCUUUCAGUGACAUUCAUGAUCUUAUUUUGGCGGUCCCUUAAACAGGCGAAAUGUAGUAACAAAUGAAACAAGUCUUUCACAAAUUUUAAAAAGCCAGACAAACCGGAAUGUAAGGGUCAAAUCUUUUGACUCUAAUUACAAAAUUAUUUGCUGACAGCUGCCUGCAGGGACUGCCUGUUAAAAUCUGAAACUUCUUGUUAGUAGUUGCCCGUAUUGUCCUUUGAAGUUGAGAAGUAUUUAUUCAUUGUUGUGAAAAAUAGAAAAGUUUUUUUCAUUUCACUGAAUUUGACAAAGCUUUUGGUCUGAGUUGAAGGUUAAUCAGAAAUAUAGAACAUUAUUUGGCGGUUGUCAGCAAAAGUCUUCUUAGAGUAUGACCAAAAACACAACCAACACGUCGCUAGUAUAGAUCACUACAUCCCAAUAAAAUCACCACCAUAAAGAACAGACAAGGCAGGAUACUCAGUCUCACCAGAUCUCUGCAGCAUAACAAUUUUCUGCAUCAUCCAAGAAAUUUUAAAAUACCGAUAUUUCUGACAAUAACGUCCCCAGGAAAUAUUUUUAAAGAACACCUUAAUGCUUACGUAGGCUGGAGCUGGCCCCACGUCCAAUAGGUAGAAGAAGAAUGGUGAAAAGCAGCAGAAACCAUCAGCAGCUUGCAAUCCUUCAUCAGUAAUACAUUUAAUCGUGGGUAACUUUGCAUCCCGAGUACUGAAGCCAAUCUUAAGGAAACUCCACCAGUGAGGGCUGCAAGUCGCUUGAGAAUCUCCCAGCUUAUUAAACAGGCCCAAAAUCUGCAGGAACAUCCUCCAUUAUCUCCACGAACACAAUCACCGUCAAGCAUUCCAACAAACAUUUUAUGUGUGCUUGAAGCACGGACUCCCAGCUUAUGACUUCUGAGUUCUGAGGAGCAG